CCGCUGAGCGCGCGAUGCUGCUGAUGUCACAACAGCGGCGGCACCAGUCGGUCCGGUGGAGUUGAGGACUGGAAAAAUGAUAACGCGCUUCGACCCAAUUCUGUCCCGCUUCGUGUGAAGGUGAAUCUGGAUCUGGGUGUCGGAACCACACCGGGAUGGAAGGACAGGUUUUCCCGGACCAGGAGCAGCUCCUGCAGUUUCUGAAGAGGCUUAAGGAGGUUUUCGAUGUCUGCGACGAGGAUGCUGAUGGCUUCAUCCGGGUGGAGCACCUGCUGGACCUCGGUCUUCAGUUCGGUCAAGGAGACGAGGUGAAGAAACUGACCAGACACCUGUAUCCUAAUGCUCACGGAAAAAUCAACUUUAAAGACUUCUGUCAUGCUGUGUUUGCUAUCAAAGGUUGUGAGGAGAUACUGAAGAUGGCCUUGGGUCCUCGCAGCCUGGCGUCCCGUCAACAGUCUAUGACAGAUAACGGUUAUAUAUACCAGAACGGGGAGGCGAAGCUGGGUCCUCCCAUCAUAAUGUGCACACGCUCCUACCCAGAAUGCAGUGCGUUCAGUGAGGGCUGUGGAGAUGCAGAGUGCGACAUGGACAGCAGUACAGAAAACACCAACAGCUCUGACACUCUGGACAUGUCGCGCUCAGACAGCCACCUGAUUGGAUCAGCAUCUGCGUCUGUCAUCUCUGGAGAGGAGCAGUUUGAGGACUACGGAGAAGGAGUGGACGUGGAUCUGACUCCCAGCAGUCCCUGUCCGGAAGAAGACACCCGGACAAACGGCUUCUCAGACCUGGGAUCCUCACUUCCCUCCAGUGCGGGACAGACCCCUCAGAAGAUGCGACAGCUCUACAACAGUGACCUGCUGGACAUCUACUGUUCUCAGUGCUGCAAGAAAGUUAAUCUGCUCAACGACCUGGAGGCUCGACUCAGAAACCUGAAGGCCAACAGUCCCAACAGAAAGAUUUCCAGCACAGCGUUCGGACGUCAGCUAUUCCAGCACAACCACAGUGUUUUUGGAUCAAGUCAAGGCAGCAGCACCGAGGAUCUGUUCACCGACAGCAUCGACUCCUGCGACCUCGACAUCACAGAGAAAGUCAGCUAUCUGGAGAAGAAGGUGACGGAGCUGGAGAGCGACAGUAUGGCCAACGGAGACCUCAAGUCCAAGCUCAAACAGGAGAACACACACCUGGUCCACAGGGUUCAUGAGCUGGAGGAGCAGGUGAAGGAUGCCGAGACGAAGGCGGCAGAGAGCCUGCAGGAGGAGAUGAAGAGGCACCGAGACACUUACAGUAAAAUGGAGAGAGACAGGAACUCAGAGAUAGACCUGCUUUGUUCCAGGGUGCAGCAGCUGGAGGAGGAGAACGGAGAGAUGUCGCUCAACGUUUGUAGACUCAAGUCUCAGACUGAGAAACUGGACCAGGAGAAGCAGAGGAUGACAGAUAAGCUGGAGGACACCUCUCUGAGGCUAAAGGAUGAGAUGGACCUGUACAGGAAGAUCAUGGACAAGCUCUGGGAGAACCGCCACCACUUUCAGAAGGAAAAGGAGGCCAUGCAGGAGCUGAUUGACGACCUCCGGCGGGAGCUGGACUACCUGCAGCUGUUCAAGCUGGAGAUGGAGCAUCCUGGGCAAGGCAAGGGGCUGUCAGAGUACAACACCAGGACCAGGGAGAUCGAGAUGGAGCAUGAAGUGAAGAGACUGAAGCAGGAGAACUUUAAGCUACGGGACCAGAACGACGACCUGAACGCUGAGAUUCUCAGUCUGAGUUUAUACGAGGCCAAGAACCUGUUCUCCUGUCACACCAAGGCCCAGUGUCUGGCGGCUGAGAUCGACAACGCCUCCAGAGACGAGCUGGUCGAUGCUCUGAAGGAGCAGGAGGAGAUCAACCUGCGUCUGAGGCAGUACAUGGACAAAAUCAUCCUGGCCAUUCUGGACCACAACCCCUCCAUCCUGGAGAUCAAGAAUUAAAGAUGUUAGUGUAGCUGUGCUGAUCUAACAUCACCUCCCAGCUCCUGCUGUUAGCACAUCAGAAGCAGCUGAGUCGGCCAGGGUUGCUGGCAUCUCCCACCCAGCAGCGGUCCUCUGCUAUCAUGCUGCAUGCUCCACACCCGCUUUCCUUCUGGAAUAUUUCACAUUUUGUUGCCAAAAGAAGCAGAAGUUGUUUUGUAGACGUGUUUUUGAAGUGACCUCCAUGUUUCACACGAUGGAUGCUGCACCUCGUCACCAUGAUCACACCUCAAUGUAUCUAAAAGUUUACAUGAUCACCUGCUUGGAUUAGUGUUGAUUUUCAGCUGUUGGUGUCGGUAACGUAGAAUAGGUAAAGAUAUUCACAUGUGCCAAUAGCAAAGGUUUCCUGCCUAAUCUUUCCAGCCCUUUCACUGAUUUCUACAGGAAAAAACACUAAAACUAGAAAAGGAUGACAGAUCUCACCCACAGGACUGAUGUCUGUGACAAUCCUGUUUUCCUAAAAUGAUGUGAGAUUGAAACCUCCAUCAGAGGAGAAUGGAUGAUGCACCGUCACAGAUCUGGCUCAGACUGGGACAGACCUGAACCCCACUGGAGAAGACUUCACCCAGUGGCCCGACUCCAUCAUUAACCCCGGGGGGUUAAUUUAACGAAAGUUUGGAUGGAACUAAAUUUGAUGUCCGAAUGAAGACCCGUUGGGUCGUGGUCCAAGCUGAAGAUGAUGAGUCUGGGUGUUUUUCUUCAUCUAGUGUAUAAUCCCAGUUCAUAAGCACCAGAGCCAGACUUGACCUCAUAUCCUGACCCAGUCUUUCAUGGUCCCCUUCAGAUAGUGGUUCUGAUGCUCCAGAUUGAACAUGAAAGAAAACUGCUGACAGAAAGUUUUUCAGCAUUAACGUAGAAGAAAUGCACAUUUAUUCCCUGAGCAGACGUAGAGGGAAAACCCCGACGAGGUCCUCUAGACUGACGUGUUUCACCAUCCACAAACCCUCUUCAGUAUAAAAAUAUAAACUUGUUCUUUGGACUCGUUCUGAAGGAAAGACUUUUCUGUUUAAUAGAAAUCAUUUUCACACGGACUUUAUUCUCAUUGUUGCACUAAUUCUGUCGUUUCUGUGGGCUUUGUGCAUUGCCACAAGGUGUGAGAAAAGAUUAUGUAAGCACUUUAAGCUGAGAUUUGUAGGUUUUCAUCUAUUGAUUAGUGAUUAGAUUUAUUGUGACUGUAGCCUGUAACUUCGGACUGAUCACGUCAAAGAUGACGGGUGCAGUCUGUCACAUGUUACUUCCAUUUAUUUACUUGUGUGCUCCACAUGGAGCUCUGUGACUUGGUGAAUAAAAUCCAUCAGCUUUG